AUGGCUGAAAACAAGGCCCUCGUCCUGGAGUCCAUCCAGAAGCUCUCGUUUCAAGACCGCCCCGCCGCGGGAACCCUCCCCGACGCCCACUCCGUCCGCGUCCACGUCCGGCAGACGGGCAUCUGCGGCAGCGACGUGCACUUUUGGCAGCGCGGCCGCAUCGGCGACUUCAUCGUCCGCAGCCCCAUGGUCCUCGGCCACGAGAGCGGCGGUGUCGUCGUCGAGAUCGGCGCCGAGGUCUCCAACGUGCGUGUCGGGGACCGCGUCGCCAUCGAGCCGGGCCUGCCGUGCAGGCGGUGCGAUUACUGUCGCUCCGGCUUCUAUAACCUCUGCGGGGACACAGUCUUUGCGGCGACGCCGCCGUAUGACGGGACGUUGCAAAAGUACUAUACCACCGCGGCGGACUUUGUGUACCCCAUUCCUGAUAACAUGACUGACGAGGAGGCUGCGCUUGUCGAGCCAGUGGCCGUGGCGGUUCAAGUUGCGAAAACGGCCGAUCUGAGGGCUAACCAGGCGGUGCUUGUGUUUGGGUGCGGACCCAUCGGCGUCCUCUGUCAAGCUGUAGCAAAGGCAUACGGUGCAACCAAGGUCAUCGGCGUUGACGUCUCUGAAGCUCGCACCGAGUUUGCGAGAGCCUUUACUGCGGAUGGCGUCUUCGUGUCCAAGACGACUCAGUCCAGCGGCAGCGACGCGGAUCCAGUCGAACACGCCAGAUCACUGGCCGAUGACAUCAUUUCCCAGUUCCAGCUCGGAGAAGGUGCAGAUGUGGUGCUCGAGUGCACCGGCGCAGAACCCUGUAUCCAGGCGGGUAUUUUUGCUACGAAGAAGGGCGGGACCUUUGUGCAGGCGGGCAUGGGCAAGGAAAACGUCGUCUUCCCCAUCACCGCGGCGUGCACCAGGGGACUCACCAUUAGAGGGUCCAUUCGGUACACGACGGGUUGCUACCAACAAGCUGUACAGCUGAUUUCGAGUGGCAAAGUGCAGCCGGCGAGAUUGAUUACGCAUCGAUUCGCAUUUGAUGAUGCCGACAAGGCAUUUGAGACGGUGAAAAGGGCAGAGGAAAGCACGCUCAAGGUAAUGAUUGCAGGCGUUCAAUGA